AUGGCCACAAAACGCAGCGCAAGGAUUUUUGCUGAGUCUCGGGAGGGGUUGCUGUCACACGAGAAGAUACGGCGAGUCGUGCUGCAGCGGGUGGUCGUAGGGAAAGUGCAGGUUUGUCGGAAGCGGCAAUCACGAAGGAGCGGUUUGGGCUGCUCAGCCUCAUUUCUGGGGGAACCAUCAGCAGUGGCACAAGCAAUGUUGGACGAGCGGCUGUUCCAGAAGGAUAGGCACAAGGACGCGACCGAUCAAGCAGUGAUGCCGUACUUCAAGCAGGAGUGGUGGCAACAAGUAGUUCCACAGAUCACUUGCACAGCAGACUUUAUCAAGGUUUGCUUAAACUUGGACUUGUACGCUAACGCUACAGAGCUGCAUCCCGUGGUUGGUGAAAAUGCCGGUCGCUGGCUGAAUUACACUCUCGCCUCCACGUGUGCGGCAAGUCGCUCCAAGUUCAACCUCACGAUUACAGUCGGAGGGGAUGGCGACUGGAAGAAUGGCAACGUCUCAUUCCGUUGUUUCAAUGCGUCAUAUGCAAACAAGUGCCAAGGGCUUGAUCCGCCAAUGAACUGCAACUGCAAUAUGACGAGGAACAUCACCCCCUUCGCCGCCUUGCCGACUAUGAGCGGUCCAUUCACGGGCCGCAAGAACACGAAGUUGUACUGCUUCAACAUCACCCUCGUGAAGCCCAUUGAGCCAAAUAGCACCUGCGGUAAAAGCAAUGUGCUCGAUAAGGUCAUUAUCUGGGCCAACGACACCACUUACCGCAGCAGCAUCAAGUCCAUCGCUCUCUACGCUGCGGGCGACACCUCCGCGAAGUAUGUCCCGCCGAGCUGGAACAAGUUUGGUAGCCAGGAGGUGAAGGCAACCGGGAUCGGCUGGACUAAGGAUAAGGCGAACGGCGGAGCCAUCUGCCUGGAGCUGGACCAAAACGUCAACCUGUCUGACUUUUGCAUAUGGCGGUUACCCGAGCAGAAGAACUCUUGCAUGUAA